AUGCGAGCGAGCAUCACUGUAGGCGUGCUGCUGGCGUACGUGGCCCUGGGUCUCGUACUGUUGGCGGCUCCUAGUGUUGCGAUCGGCGUUGUCAGUAUCGACUAUGGCACAGAGUGGAUAAAGGCAGCUCUGAUCAAGCCUGGCAAGCCGUACGACCUCGUCCUCAGCCGCGACUCGAAGCGCAAGGUCCAGGCGAGCGUAGCUUUCAAGGGAGAGGUGCGCAAGGAUGGACACCUCGAGAAGCAAGAGCAGAUUAUUGGUGCAGAUGCCUAUGCCUAUGCCUCUCGCAACCCCCUGCAGAGCUACCAUGCCGCCAAGCUUCUUCUGGGCCAGUCGUGCAAGAGCGGCGAGUCGGAGGGCGUGAAGCAGUACCGCGAAGUGUUUGGCAACAUUGUUGCCAAGCCUCCGGGCGACAAUAGCACGGGCUCGGCGUGCAUUGUAGUACCGUCCCGUGACACCAAGGCCUUUUGGCGCCCGGAGGAGCUGGUCGGUAUGCAGCUCGACCACAUACGUGAACUUGCUGAAGAGACCGCGGGCGAGAUGCUGAACAUUGGCUACGGAGGAAACAAUUGGUUCGGCGCGCAGCACGGCCUCGACACGGUCAUUACGGUGCCGAUCUUCUACACGCCAAGCGAACGCCAGGCUCUGCUGGACGCUGCGAUGCUGGCCGGUUUUCGGCCCCGCCUUAUUAGCGAUGCGGCAGCAGCAGCAGCGAACUAUGCGCAGAGCCGCACGUUUUCCACGCCGGAGCGCCACAUUUUCUACGACGCCGGCUCAGGUGCCGUGCGUGCGACGCUGGUGGAGUUCUCCAAGCGCGCGAACAGCGCUCGUGCGGACGACGUGCAAGUGCAGGUGCUGGACGCAGCGUGGGACCGCCAUGCAGGAGGUCUCGCGAUGGAUAUGCUGCUCCGGGACAUGCUUGCGGACGCGUUCGACAAGGAGAACCCGUCGCGCCCCUCGGUGCGCGGCGAUGCGCGUGCAAUGGCACGCCUGCUCCGUGAAGCAAACAAGGUGAAGCAUGUGCUGUCAGCCAACGCCGCCGCCACUGCCAACGUUGAAAGCCUGGCGGACGAUCUGGACCUGCGCACGACGAUUGACCGCGAGGCCUUCGAGACCAAGAUGCGGGAGGUCAAGCUGCUCCCCCGAUUCUCUGCGCCACUGCAGGAGCUGCUCCAGCGUACCAAGACGAGCUGGAAGGAUAUUCAGUCCGUCGUCCUGGUCGGUGGCACCACGCGUGUGCCGGCGGUGCAGGCGGAGCUGCGUGCUCUGGGCGUGCCUGACAACAAGCUGGCCCAGAACGUAAAUGCGGACGAGGCGGCUGUGAUGGGUGCGGCGCUGGCCGUGGCGAGCACGCAGCCGCAGCUGCGCAUGAAGCAGGUCGAGGUGCACGACGGCCACAUGUACCCUGUUGAGCUCGAGGUCGCGAGCCACAAGGAGACGGUGUUCGAGGCCGGCCCGCUAUUUACUGAGGCGUACGAGCUGACGCUGCAUGGCCUGACGGACGACUUUGAUGUGCACUUGCGCCUCAAGAGCGAUCGUCUGGAGCAGGGCGGCGACGGCGAGCUGCAGACGGUCCACGUCAGUGGCCUGUCGGAGGGCUUGGCGGACCUUCGCUCAAAAAACGAGAUGGGUAAUGUCGACCUGAAUGUGAACAUGACGGUGCGCAAUGCGCCGUUUGGCACGUAUGGCGUGUCGAGUGCAUUCCUGACCGUAACGCCACACAAGUCGAUCACCGGCUCGCUCAAGUCGCUUUUGGGCAUGAACAAGGACAAGUCCAGCAGCAACGCUACCGAGGCGAACAACAGUACGGAGACGGGCUCGUUGGCACCGCAGGCGACGCAGCUGGCACUUUCGGUGACGCACCAGGGCUCGGUGCAUCCGCUGUCGGGCCAUGAGAAGGUCACGUCUCUAGAGCGCCUACGUAUGAUCGUGUACGAGGCCAAGCAGCGGGCACUGCGUGAUGCUUCGUUCAAUGAGCUGGAGGCCACCGUGUACCGUGCGCGUGAUCUGUUAGAGGACAGCUCGUUUUCGCAGGCCGCGAGUGCAAGCGAGGCCAACAAGCUGCGCACGACGGCGGAUGCGCUUGGCGCGUGGCUCUCGGACGACAGCGAUGGCGCGGACGCUGACGCGAUCCAAAAGAAGUUGCGUGAGCUGACGAAUCUCAUCAAUCCCGUCCAGAAGCGCCUGACGCAGGCUGCAAGGCGCGAGGCGUCUGCGCAGGGCGUGAAGGACGCACUGGAGCAGACUGCUCAGUUCCUGCAGGCGGCGCGAGCCAACCUGACGGCGGCAAUGGAGCAGAAGAGCAGCAGCAAGUACACUGUGGUAGAGCUGGAUGCGAUGGAGGCGCAGCUCCAGAAAGACCGCACGUGGCUCGAGGACGGUCUGCGUGCACAGCAAAAGCGCCAGACUCACGAGGACCCGGCGAUCCUUGUCGAGGACAUGGACAAGCGCAGCAAAAAGAUGCGCGAUACUAUUGCGCGCAUGAACAAACGCAAGAUUCCCAAGACGCGCCCGAAGAAGACGAAGAGCGCCUCGGCAUCGUCGACCACCACAUCGGCGUCAUCGAGCACCACCCCGGCGUCGUCGAGCACCACACCGUCGGCGUCGGCGACCUCCACCCACGAGGUCCCCGUCCAUGACGACCUGUAG